UUGAUAUUAUUUUCUUGUAAACACAAAUCGAAAUGCCCGUGUUGAAAAUGGGCACACUCCCGGUAAAGGUCAAAACCAACCAAUCAACUUGAGGCUACCAUAUGUCAUUCGGAUCAACGACUGCUCGCCAGUCGAGUUGUUGAGUUCAUCAGGCAGGAACAUUUUCAAACGCUUCUUACUUAUUAUCGUAGAACCGUCUGUUGUGAAAAGAAAAUGGGAUAGGGAACAGUUGGCAUCUCACGUUUCGUAAAAUGGAUAGCGUUCGACCCCAGAGAAAAGUUCUCCGGUCACCUUCUGUAAAAAGGAAGAGCAAAGUACUCCCUGUGAACCAGAGGGUCCAUCUAGAGAGAGUGCUUGGAGUAACAGUCUCUUCCAAUGCUGGAUUAUCUUGUGAUUCAAACAAUGGAACUAUUGCCUAUCCUGCAGG